CCUCAACAAUUUUAUAUGAUAACCCUCCAUAUAUCAAAAGCGCCCAAAAAACCAGUUUCCAUACAGAAAAAUGGCGCCAUUUUCACUAGUCACACCCGCAAGUCGAGGAAUCGGUUUCCAUUUGACCAGACACCUGCUACGAACCACAUCCCUACCCGUAGUCGCAACAGCGCGGAAAAACAUGCAGGACGUCAGAAAGGAGUUACUCAAAGACAUGAAGGAUAUUGAUCCAGAACGACUCACGGUCUUAGAAUUAGAUGUCACAGGUAUAUUCCCGAUCUUUCUCGUGGUUCCAUAUCCUUCUAUUUCCACUUAUUAUUCUGUUGCGUGCUUCCUUACACAUCUCAUCUCAUCUCAUCUCAUCUCAUCCCAUCUCAUAAUCACUUAACCGAGCAUAAAAACUAACAACAAUCCCAGAUGAAAACACCAUAAUCCACGCAACCUCAACCCUCCAAUCCACCUUCCCCCCCACAACCAACCACCUCCACCUCACCUUCGCCCUCCCCGGAAUCCUCUACCCCGAAAAAUCUCCCUCCCAGCUCUCCCACAAAGAACUAACCCACACCUUCGCCAUCAACACCAUCGGGCCCCUGCUGCUCACAAAACACUUCUCACCCUUCCUCCCCAAAAAAUCCACCUCCUUACCCCCACCAACCCCCGGAUCAUGGGUCCCUCACCAUGCAACCUGGGUCAACAUGUCCGCCCGCGUCGGCUCGACGACCGAUAAUGCGCUCGGUGGUUGGUAUAGCUAUCGCGCGUCGAAAGCGGGGGUUAAUUCGUUGACGAAGGGGUUUGAUAUUUUUGUGAGGCAGAGAUGUGGGGAGAAGGCGAUGGCUAUGGCGUAUCAUCCUGGGACUGUGAGGACGGGACUAAGCAAUGAGUUUUGGGGGAGUGUGAGGAGGGAGAAGUUGUUUGAGCCGGAGUGGGCGGUGGAGAGGAUGUGUGGGGUUGUUGGGGAGGUGGGUUUGGAAGGGAGAGGGAGGUGUUGGGAUUGGGAGGGGAAGGAGGUCUUGCCUUGA